UAACAGUGAGAGUUCCUUGAGAAAAGAAGUGGUUGAAGCGUGAUAGCAGUGAUAGCAGUGAUAGCAAGAAAAGGACUUAGAAAAUUUACGAACUUGAGAGAACACCUUACAAACUUAUCGACGUCUGCUUAUUACACUUAAAAUUCAACAAUGGACGAAAAUUUUAAGAAUUGGCGUGAUUCGAAUGAACUAUUAGAAAACGAGUCCUGUUUUAUUUCUGAUAAUAGUGAUGUCGAAAAUUUUAAUAACACUGACAAAAUAAUUAUUAAUGAAAGUAACGAUGAUGACAGCGGCGUAUUGGAGAACACGACAUCGAAAAAAAAUGAAUCCUUUGAUCCUGAUGAUAUACCAAUUAUUUCUUUGGCUAAAGGCAAAAGGUUGAAAAACCGUAGAAUAAUAGAUUCCGAUGACAGGAUAAAUGAUGAUGAUAAUGAUGAUGUGAAUAAUACUAAUAAAAAAACAAUGGAUGGAGAUGGAGCAGCUGCAAUAGUGAAAGAACAUAGUCCGGGAAGAAGUCCAACACCUAAAUUUGCAACAUCAAUUGACAGAGAAGAAGCAAAAAUUGAUCCAUAUUUGAGUUUGGACAUACCAAUAAAACCUACUACAUCUCCUGAAUUAAGGGAACUAGGCAAGAAGGCGCAGAAGACGAGAGAUAAGGAACUCGCUUUAACAGUCGAUCGAUUGAAGGAUUUGCAUAAGUCACUUGUGGCUUGUCCAUCAGAAAAUGAAGAAGCGGAGGAUCCAAGAGGAUUGAAAGUACAAUUAAUGCCGCAUCAACGGCACGCUUUAGCAUGGCUUUUGUGGAGGGAACAGAAAAAACCAUCUGGUGGCAUUCUAGCCGAUGAUAUGGGGUUGGGCAAAACAUUAUCUAUGAUAUCUUUGAUAAUGACUACUCUUGCUAAGAAGAAUUCUGAUGAUGAAGAUGAAAACAGUGAAUGGAAUAGUAUAUGUAAGUCUUUAUAUCAGAGAGGUGGGACUUUGAUAGUCUGUCCUGCGUCUUUAUUGGCUCAAUGGAAAAACGAAGUGCACAGUAAAUGUAAACGCGGUUUGCUGUCCGUUGAGAUGUAUCACGGCAAUAGAAGAAGAGAAAACGUUCCUAAGCGCUUGGCAAGAAAUGAUAUAGUCAUCACAACAUAUAAUCUAUUGUCACGAGAAUACAGAAGCGAUUCUCCAUUGUAUAAAAUUAAUUGGAAAAGAAUAAUAUUAGAUGAAGCUCAUAUAAUAAGAAAUCACAAAAGUCUAGCAUCGGAAGCAGUUUGUGGACUCGUGGCGAGCAAACGAUGGGCUCUCACUGGUACACCUAUACAGAAUAAAGAAAUGGAUCUGUAUUCUAUCUUAAAAUUUCUCAAAUGUUCACCGUUUGAUGACAUACGGGUUUGGAAACGAUGGGUGGAUAACAAAAAUGCCGCGGGUCAUCAAAGACUGGCAACAGUUAUGAAAAGUUUAAUGCUGCGAAGAACAAAGCAAGAGUUGAUGGCCAAAGGCGAUUUAGAAAAUUUACCCAAUAAAUUUGUAGAGGAAGUAAAUAUAAAACUAGACCCAGAAGAGCAAUUAGUAUAUGAAAAAAUUCUAGUUUACUCUCGUACGUUGUUCGCACAAUUCUUAGCUCAAAAGGCAGAAAAGGAUCACAUGUUCGAUUUGUGCAGUGGAAAAUUCGAUAAACCUAGCUUUCUUUCAAAUCCAAAUAAAGAGACGAAGUUCACUGAAGCGCAGAAAAAGUUGCUUGCGCGGCACGCCGACGUAAAAUCGCACGAUAUUUUUGUGCUUUUGCUACGAUUACGUCAGGUAUGCUGCCAUCCAGCGUUGAUUCACACAAUGCUCGAUCAGGAGGAUGUGCAACAAAGUGAAAUAGCAAGCAUGGAGACCGUAGAUCACGAAUUAUUGUCGCGAGUGCAUCGCAUGUCGCUCAAUGCGAUGAAAGAUAUGGAUGAGGAAGAUAUUGGUAUUGAUCGAAGAAUUGUCGGGAAUCUACUUACAAUAGAUAAUCCGGUAUUCAAUGAUGAUCGCAUCAGUUCUAAAAUGAGGGCUCUACUCAAUAUGGUGAAACAUAUUUUAAAAAAAGAUGACGAUAAGCUCAUUAUUGUUUCUCAAUGGGCUCUCUUGUUAGACAUCAUAGCAUCACACUUAUCCUCGAUAAAAGGUGCUCGUUUUAGCAAGUUUACUGGAAAAAUAGCCGUCAAAGAUCGACAGAGUAUUAUAGAUUCCUUCAACGAUCAAAAUUCUAAAUUGAGGAUCUUGCUGCUCUCGCUUACCGCUGGUGGGAUGGGAUUGAAUUUGGUAGGCGGCAAUCAUUUAUUAUUGUUCGAUAUUCAUUGGAAUCCUCAACUCGAGUUGCAAGCACAAGAUAGAAUUUAUAGAUUUGGUCAAACAAAGGACGUUUAUAUCCACAAAUUUAUUUGCACAGAUACAAUAGAAGAGCGCAUCAAAGCUUUGCAAGAAGGAAAGCUUGGAAUAGCGCAAAAUAUAUUGAGUGGCGAUAACAGUACUACUACGAAACUGACACUCAAUGAUCUUAAGUCGCUCUUCGCUUUCUGAUUUUAUGUCGUAACGUAUGAUUAAUUUUAUAUCGUAACAUAGGUGUAUAUUUUUUUUAAAUUUUAACUUGAACAUUUGCACUCAUUUUUAAAUCAUUCAGUGAAAAUUGUUCAGUUUUUUCUAAUUUAUACAUAGAUUUAAAAAUCGCCUUUGGCCAUCAAUUCUUCGUAAUAUUAAAGUUUUCGUAAAUAAUUAUGUAAAAAUGCUUAUGUAUUUAAAUUAUUUACCGAUUUGAUUAAACAAAGGACGUCUAUGUAAUAGACGUAAAUAAUUACUAUUAAACUCUUACUUGUAAAUACAUAAAGCAUUUUAUUUAUGAAAACUUUAUCCAACAAAUCUAUAGAAGUGAAUGUAAAGGAUGUCUAUAACAGUUUGCAUAAUUAUUUUAUACAUAAAAAAAUAAUUUUUAAUAGAAUUUUGUAUAAAACUAUUAUUAUAUGAGAG